UAUAUCCGAUUCUUCAUAACAUAUUUGUAAUUUCAAGCAUGGUAAAUAGCACUUCCAAUACUUAAUUGGAAGUUAGUCCAAGAAACUGAUACUUAAUUUAAAAAUAAACUUACAAAAGUAAAACGCAAUUUAUGUAUCUACUAGUUAAAAUUAAAUUAGAAAAAUGCCUCCAAAAAAACGAGGCGGUAGGUCUAUUGGAAGUGUAAAAGCAAAAUUGGUUUCACGCGUUCGCAAAAAUCAAAAUACAAAACCAAAUUCUCUGCCUAUAUUAAGUUUUGACGUACUCACAGAGAAUGGGUUAGGCACAAACAGUACAACUACUAGAAAAGUGACCACAACAGCCAACAAUGAAAUGCAGAUUAAAUUAUCAAAUGAAGUAAUUGAACCAGACAUAACGAAAGGAAUGCUGCUCACCGAACAUGAACCCAAAAACAUGAGGAUUACACGGAAUAACUAUUUAAAGUUACAGCCAAAGAAAGAGAGUAUUUCAGAAGAUGAAAUAAAAACAGAUGCAGUGUUAAAUGUUCAGCCAGUAACAGUUAUGUCGCUACAAGAAAAUAAAGAUGCUCCGAUGACAAGGAAAAGAAAACUAGUCAAAAACAAUUCACCAGAGUCUGAAGAUUCAAGUACGACAACAAAGCGCCGAUGCAAAAACAAAGGAGGUGUAAAUAAGAACAACAUCACAAUAAGAAAGCAAACCAAGACUAAUAACAGGAGAAAAGUUAUAAAGAACAAAAAAUCGUCGGCUUUCCAACAAACGGUCAGCGACCAACCCUCGCCCAUUUCUCCUCGGAAAGUUAUGGAAGUUAGAAAUAAAGAGUCGCUCAACUUCGAGGUCACAAUAACCGGGGCGCCGCCGCCGCCCGAGGGGCCCGAGCUCUCCGCGCCCUCGCCAUUCGCCUCCUGCGCACCUUCGCCCCCGCCCUCCGCCCCCUGCGCACCUUCGCCCCCGCCCUCCGCCUCCUGCGCACCUUCGCCCUCCGCCCCCUGCGCACCUUCGCCCCCGCCCUCCGCCCCCUGCGCACCUUCGCCCCCGCCCUCCGCCCCCUGCGCACCUUCGCCCUCGCCCUCCCCCUGUCCCUCCUGGACCCGCGACAUCUCCAGCUCCAGCGCCGUCACCUGUUUCACUGUACGCACCGACGACAUCGUGUGCAUCGACAACAAGUUGCCCCUCCUGCGACUCACCGACGUCGUCCGCGCACCUCGCCCCGCCCCCGCCCCCGCCCCCGACAGAGCGCGCUCCGCCUCUCGGUCCUCGUCCUCCAGCACCAGCUGCUCGAGCGCCAGCUCGGACACUCGGCCCGGCUACUCAAACACCGGCUCGCACGCCGACCUGCCCGGCGACGACGACGACGACGACAGAGCUCUCGAAAAAUUAUCCACAGAGUUUAAAAAAAAGGACGUGGAAAUGAUCGAGUUGAUCUCUUGCGAAAAUAGAAACGACAGCCCCGCGCUCCGGAACUUGCGCAAAAGAGUAUGUAAAGCUCUGACGGAGGAGAGCGAAGUGAUUGCGCAUUGCAACGCUUUAAAAAAAUUAUUAAUCCGCAACUACGAGGAGUUAUUUUCCGAUAUCGAACCGUGUGAAAACCGAGAGGUCGUCCGCCCCCAGGAUGAACAUUUUAUUAAACCUCGUGAAGUUAGAAAAUCAAAUCCAUGUGAAACUGCGAUCAAACCGGGAUCGAAAACCAUCUGCGACGAGAGAGGGAGGGCCCCCACCCCCGCCCCCCUCCCGGCCUGCCCCAACCCCGGCGACGAGCGCGGCAACGACGACGACGACGCCCUGUCCCUGUUCGCGGAGAGCAUCACCGGCCUCGACUCCUCCCGGAGACACGACUCGCUGCCGCAAGACAACUCCCUUCCCGGAGAUUCCGGCGAAUAUAUACCGCGACCUAAAAACGGAAACAAGAAAUCUGAAACUGUGACCUACCGGCCCUCGCUUAUCGGCGAACGGAACGAGGACGGGCCCCGAGAUCAAAAGGUGAAAAUAGUUUGCGAGAAACAGAACGCCGAUUCUACUUCGAUGUACAGAGAGAAUCGAAACUUUUACGACAACACGAGCGACAUCGGCGUCGAUAACGAAAGCCUUUGGCCCUGGCCCGGGUCGCCGCGAGCGGCCGCCGCGCCCCCGGCGCCCCUCACGCCCCCCAUGCCCCCCGCGCCCGACUCGCCCCCCGCGCCCGACACGCCCCCCGCGUCCGACACGCCCCCCGCACCGGCGGUGAAGCCCGGCCCCGAGGGAGCCGGCCGGCCCGUCUUCAUAGCAAACAUUUACCCCGUACCGACAAAGAUUAAGAGCUUCGUGUUCAUGGGCGUGUGCUUCUACAACCUCGCCUCGAAAUGCAAGCGCGAGCGCUGCCAGUUCCUGCACGCGGACUUGCCGGCGAGCACGCUCAGCGCGCGCCUGCGCCGCCUCGACGGGGACGCGCUGUUCGUGCACGAGUACAUGACGAUGCGCAGCUGGGCCGCGCUGCGCAGGAGGUACGGGCUCGCCUUCGUGCUGGAGGGCGUGCGCCGCGGCCUCGCCCGAGUCCUGCUCGAGAUGGCCAUAGACUUCGCGAGGUGUUCCGCCCCGAACCACCCGGAGGACAAGGCUCUGACGGUGAAAGUUUUGGAAGCGAUCAUGUUGUAUUUGAACACGAUAGACGUCCGCGAGUACGGGGAGUUCCUCGAGUUUCCCGCGACCGACGGUCGACUGCUCUGCGACAUUUUUAUGGAAACGCUCGCCAGCACCCAAAACUUUUCCCGAUUCAAAUCGAUAUUCGUCAAUCUCACCGAGUUCAUGGAUCGCAUCCCGCGGCCGUUCGAGUUCGAGGUGGCGUCGGCGCUGCUGGAGCGCGUGUGCAUCUUGCCGCACGAGACGCGCACCGCGGCCGCCAUGCUGGUCGUGCUGCGCCGCACCUCGCCCCGCGUGCUGCACAACGCCAUGUUCGGCCUGUUCCAGCGCCGGCUGGCGGCCGACGAGCGGUUGGCUCGCGACUUCGAAGCGUUGAAGCGCUCCGCGGAGCUGCAGGCGGCGGCCGAGCCCUGGCCGAGCGGCGGCUUCUCCCCGGACACGACGGACUGCGCGAGCGCAGCGCCCGCUAACGCGAUCGAUUCCCACCUGGUGGAGUCGUUCAGGAAGCUGGGGUCGAGCGGG